UUCUGGUCUUCCAGGCAAUGUCUGAAGGAUGGCUGGCUACAAUGCUUCCUGGAAUUCCACCUGUGACCCUAUCCUGACACCCCAUCUAACCAGGCUCUACUUCAUUGUGCUCACUGGGGGACUGGUGGGGGUCAUCUCCAUUCUGUUCUUGCUCGUGAAGAUGAACACUCGAUCUGUGACCACCACAGCUGUUGUUAACUUGGUGGUGGUCCAUGGGGUGUUCCUGCUGACUGUGCCUUUCCGCUUGUCCUACCUCAUCCAGGAGACAUGGACAUUUGGCCUGCCCUUCUGCAGACUUGUGAGUGCCAUGUUGCACAUCCACAUGUAUCUUACCUUCCUCUUCUACGUGGUCAUUCUGGUCAUCCGGUACCUCAUCUUCUUCAAGCGCAAAGACAAAGUGGAAUUCUACAGGAAACUGCAUGCUGUUGCAGCCAGUGCUGGCAUGUGGCUGUUGGUGAUUGUCAUUGUUGUGCCUGUGGUCUUUUCUCAUUAUGGAAAUAAGGGGGAUUAUGAUGACAAGCACUGCUUUAAGUUCCACAAAGAACUUGUGUAUGUGUAUGUGCAAGUCAUCAACUACAUGAUAGUCAUCCUCGUCAUAGCCACCGCGGUGAUGCUCUUGGUCCUUCAGAUCUUCAUCAUUAUGUUGAUGAUGAGGAAGCUCCGCCACUCCUUCCUCUCCCACCAGGAGUUCUGGGCUCAAUUGAAGAACCUAUUUUUCAUAGGUAUCAUCCUUACAUGCUUUCUCCCCUACCAGUUCUUCAGGAUCUAUUACUUACGUGUUGUGGCUCAAUCCAAGGACUGUAACAACAACUUCGCAUUUUACAAUGAGAUCUUCUUGAGCGUAACUGCAAUUAGCUGCUGUGAUUUGCUGCUCUUUGUUUUGGGGGGAAGCCAUUGGUUUAAGCAGAAAAUAAUUGACCUGUGGAAUUGCCUGUUGUGCCAUUAGCCGUGUACUGCAGU